AUGCGGUAUCGACAAAUCACCGAUAACGGAGUUCUUGCAUUAAUCGAUUAUCAUUAUCUAACGGCUGAUUCGGCCACCGAGCGACCGAAGAAGAAGCGCAAGAAGACUAAGCAAGUUGAUACCGCCGCUGACGGCCCAAUAAUCACCGAUGACGAUCCGCUGGAACUGAAGAUCUCUGCGACCAAUAUGAUGAAUGAUGACGAAGGUCGCCCAGCAGUAGUAACAUGCGAAGCUGCGGACGCCAUUAUCGACUCCGCUGCCGCGGAAAAUGCGACACGAAGAAACGAGGGAGACAAUGAAGAUGCACCUGCUAUUGAGGGUGAAGAAGAAGACGAUGCAUGGGAUGGAGUCGGGUGUCGGGCAGGUUUACAGACUGCCACGCAGACUGCCGCCAUGGUUGCGGCACAGGAACGACGGAAGAAAGCCGAGGCUUCGACGUACAAGGAGAGUCCGGCUGGGGAGCAAGUGCAGGAAACAAUCCAUCGUGAUAUGUCUGGUCGUAUUAAUAAUGUGGCGAUGAAACGUGCCGAAGUGCGCCGAGCGGAGGAAGAGAAACGCGAGGAAGCACAGGCGAAGGAGGCACUCAUGGGCGACGCAUUUCAGCCGUAUCGGAAUGGCAUUAGAUCCGGCCAGCGAUGGGACCGGGUUGACCGGAGUAACGGCUCUGAGAAGGAAUGGUUCGCAGCCAGGAAUCGGACGAGCCGUCUGGAAACUUUGGAUUACGAGUGGCGGAUGGAUGAAUGA